GCCCGCCCUAACCCCCGGCUCUGCCUGCUGCGGGCUGCCCGCCUCUGCCGGCCUGUGCAGACCUGCAGGCGGCACCGGGAGCCCUCCCGGGCCACGAACACACCCAUGAGAGCGUGAGCCGGCAGUAGAGGAGCAGGGCAGGGCUGUGCCGUGCAGGGACACCCAGCUGCAAACCCAACCCCAGUACUCACCUGGCCUGCCGGCGUCCCAGCUGCAGGAACCCGACGUCCGCAGGGAGCAGGACUCCUGACCUCUGUCCUGGGACAGCCUGGCAUUAUGGCAGACCCCCCUGGCUGCUGCCACCCCUGUGCCACCUGCCUGCUCUGCCUCUACAGCUGCCAGUGGAUCACUGCCAAGAAGGAGAAAAAGAAGGUCCUGCAUACCACCAAGUGUGACUGCAGCUGGUUCAUUUUCCUCUUCUGCGUCUUCGUCUUCACACUGGUGUGGCUCUACUUUGCCAUCAUCCUCCUGAAUGAUUUCCACAACUUCAAUGAGUUCAUCUUCAAGCAGAGGAAGUUGUGGCUAGACUGGUCCCUGGUCCUGCUCAUAGCUACAGCCAUGCUCAUCAUCUACUUGUCUGUGCUGCUGGUCCUUGCUUUGUGCUUGCAGCUUUGUGGCCAGCCCUUGAAGCUACAUUGGCUGCACAAGACCCUGCUGAUCUUAACUGCCCUGGUGGUGGCUGCAGCCUUCACAGGGCUGGAAAUAAAGUGGGCGGAGGAGUGGAGAAGUGCACAUAUCUCUCUGCAGGCAACAGGGCCCUUCCUGCACAUUGCAGUCGUGGGGGGAAUGACAAUUCUUGCUUGGCCUCUGGCCAGCUUCAUCUACUGCACCUACAACACAGGUCUCAAGGUGGUUUUGCUGCUUAUGUACAGUGCACUGAUGAUUGCACUGUAUCUGGCUCCACUGGGAAUUGCCUCCCCUUGCAUCAUGGAGGAGAACCAGCUGCCCCCCAAGCCAGCCCUGGUUGGCCACCGAGGAGCCCCCAUGCUGGCCCCUGAAAACACCCUCAUGUCACUACACAAAGCAGUGGACUGUGAUGUGCAAGUCUUUGAGACAGACGUCAUGGUGAGUGCUGAUGGGGUCCCAUUCCUCAUGCAUGACGAGGAACUCACCAGGACCACCAAUGUGCAGGCUGUGUUCCCUGAGAGGGCUGCCCUGAACAGCACUGCCUUCAACUGGACAGACCUCCAGCAGUUGGAUGCUGGCAGCUGGUUCCUAGAGCGGAAGCCGUUUCCCACUGUGCAGAGUCUUUCUGCUGGCGAUCGCGACCAGGCAACUAAACAAAGGAUCCCAUCCCUGGAAGAGGUGCUAGAGGCAAUCAAGCAGAGCAGCAUCUCAAUCAUGUUUGACCUUCGGCCUGAGAACCACAGUGACUACCAGACCUUUGUCAAUGCCACCCUAGAAGUGAUCUUACAGUCAGGCAUCCCACUACAGCAGGUCCUCUGGCUGCCAGAUGGGUUCAGGAAACAGGUCAGACAGCAAGCCCCAGGCAUUCAACAAGUUUAUGGCCGGAAGAGACUCCAUAAUGAGAUGGAACCACUGCUGCAUGUCAAUCUGCCCUACCAGGACAUGAGCUUUGAGGAGAUCAGGCAGUACCGCCAGGACAACAUCUCUGUCAACUUGUAUGUGGUGAACCAGCCCUGGCUCUUCUCUGUGUUGUGGUGCUCUGGGGUGACCUCUGUCACCACCAAUGCCUGUCAGGUGCUGAAGGAGAUGAAACACCCCAUCUGGCUGCUCCCCAGCAGCACUUACCUUAUGAUCUGGAUUGUUGUAGACUGCACUUCCUUCCUUGCCAUCCUCUGGGCCUUCCUCUUGAUGAAGAAAUGCUCCCGGAGAAGACAGCCAGCAGAGUCUGAGACAGAUGUGCUGCUCACAAAGAUCAACAGCUUGAUGCAACAAUGACUCCUCCGGCCUGCAUCAGCCAUGGGGAGAGGCAGCCAGAGCCCUGUACAGCUCAAAUUGGGAGCACUUCUUAGGCUGUCUUCGAGGCUCCUUUCCUCUACAGACUCCUUCCUGAGCCUCCUGAUCGCCCAUAGCCUUCCUGGCUCCUUGUGUGGUGUGCAAAUGCACUUGGCCCACUGGCAGCUGCGAUGAACUGAAGUUUUUGCAGGGGUUUCCUGGAGCUGGUUUAUGCCUGGGGGCUGAGUGGGUGCUGGGGCUAAGGCCAAGACCGCUGUCUGUCCUGGGGUUUGGAGACUAGUGGGGAUUUCAGUUUGGUGCAGAGGAAGGGCAGCCUCUGCCUGUUAACAGCAGCUCUACUGCUUGUGAUGGGAAACCUUGUUUAAAGUGCUGCUGCACGGGGGCUGCCUUGGCUGAUGGCUUGAGGAAUAGGAAGGGAGGUGUAGGUGAAGGGGGGUAGAGGGGGGUAUGGAGGCAGGGAGGGGCAGUUGGCUUUUCACAAGAUGGAGAAUCACAGAAUCAUUCAGGUUGGAACAUACCUGUAAGAUCAUCUAGUCCAACCUAACCUUUAACCUAGCUCUACCAGCCCACUGCUAACCAUGUCCCGAAGAGGGGGAGAGCUCACCCCUGAGCUGGACACUAUUCCUGCCGCUGCUGGCUUCAUGCUUGGGGGCGAGGGUGCUGUCACCCCAUGUAGCUGUUCGUGCCUGUUGCUCUGGGGGAAAAGGUGGGGAAAAAAAAAGGUGGAGCUGGGGGUGGAGAGUGUUUUGGGCUGCCAGGAUCACGGUUACGCCCCUGCUACAGCGAGGCAGGGGACCUGUGAGAGUCCCUGACCUUGGAAAGGGCGGAUCGGGUCAGUUUUAGUUGUUCCUAUCUACGUACGUCAAUAAAGCAGAGAAACAGUAGGCGC